GCGUGGCGGGCGUGGUCUGGGUGGCGAGGAGAGGGUUAACCACCCACAGAGGCCGGGGGGCGGAGCGCGGGCCGCCGGGCGUCCUGCGUCCCCGCUGGAGCCGGAAGCAGUCGCGGGUCAGGGGCGCGCCUAGCCUACCCUUCUGGGUGCUUCGGCCGAGGUCCCUGCGGGCUGGGGAGCCCAGCGAGGGGACGAUCCGGAGCUCAACUUUCAGAAGAGAGACGCCCCAGCAAGCCAGUUUCGAGGAUCCCAUCAGCUGCUCACCUCAUGGGCCAGACGGCCCUCGCAAGGGGCAGCAGCAGCACCCCCACCUCGCAGGCUCUGUACUCUGACUUCUCUCCUCCGGAGGGCUUGGAGGAGCUCCUGUCUGCUCCCCCUCCCGACCUAGGAGCCCAACGACGCCACGGCUGGAAUCCCAAGGAUUGCUCCGAGAACAUCGAUGUCAAGGAAGGGGGGCUGUGCUUUGAGCGGCGCCCUGUGGCCCAAAGCACUGAUGGGGUCCGGGGAAAGAGGGGUUACUCGAGGGGCCUGCAUGCCUGGGAGAUCAGCUGGCCCCUGGAGCAGAGGGGCACACACGCUGUGGUGGGCGUGGCCACUGCCCUCGCCCCGCUGCAGGUUGACCACUAUGCGGCGCUUUUGGGCAGCAACAGCGAGUCUUGGGGCUGGGAUAUUGGACGGGGCAAAUUGUAUCAUCAGAGUAAGGGCCUUGAGGCCCGCCAGUACCCUGCUGGACCUCAGGGUGAGCAACUAGUGGUGCCGGAGAGACUGCUGGUGAUUCUCGACAUGGAGGAGGGGACUCUGGGCUACUCAAUUGGGGGCACCUACCUGGGACCAGCCUUCCGUGGACUGAAGGGCAGGACCCUCUAUCCCUCUGUAAGCGCUGUUUGGGGCCAGUGCCAGGUCCGCAUCCGCUACAUGGGCGAAAGAAGAGCAGAGGAACCACAAUCCCUUCUGCACCUGAGCCGCCUGUGUGUGCGCCAGGCGCUGGGGGAUUCCCGGCUUGGCCAGAUAUCCACUCUGCCGCUGCCCCCUGCCAUGAAGCGCUACCUGCUCUACAAAUGACCCUGUAACACCAGAUUGUGCUGGCACCUGGCCGUGGGCAGUGCGGUGGGGACAGGUGGAGAGGCACCAUCGGCCUAGACAAACAGGAACGCCAGCGAAGCCAGGGGAGGAGUGGCUGGGCCCCUUCUCUAACCCUUCCAGAGGGGCAAGGCAAGGAGCAAACGCAGAGGCUGUGGCAGCCCGCUGCAAAGAUGUUUUUCAAGUAAAAAAUGAGAUGUAUCGUCA